AUGUGAAAUAAAAUCUUUCCCAGAUUAUGAAACAUAUUGUGCUUCUUGUGUUUCACGAGAUAAGGAAACUAUUGUCUUUAUCAUCGUUUCUAAUGAAAUUGUGCGUGCGCUUCAAGGCCGUAAAGUGAUUACUGAAUAUGAAAACGAAGAUCUUAAAAAUGAGUUGUAUUUCUUUACCGGUGGAGAAAAUAUCGAACUACUUUUUGAAUCAGAAGAUUUAU